AUGACGCCUGACCCCAACCGCGUCGCGAGUAUUAUGCUCUCAUGGCACUCGCUUGACCUCAUCUCAUGCACCAAUCUACAGACCCUAUGGGCAGGUUACGGCCAAAUAUGUGCAAUUACAGCGCGAGCAACCACCAACCAAGCAGCCGAACAUCUCAGCAAGUUAUGCGGGGUCGAACCAGGUAGCGCGGGGUCAACAUACCCUCUCAUACUGAAGCUCAUCUCACCCCGAAAAAGUGCCACUACAGAUGAAGGCCACCUACGAAAGAUGCUAAGCUACGAGGUAGAGCAGUACUUCUAUAGUGAAGUAGUUCCCCAGCUGGGAUCCGACAUAGGCAUAGCCAACUGUCUAGCUUCAACGCGCGACAUGAACAAUGCAAAAGGCUCAUCGGAACUCACAGGUCUCAUGGCUACGAUCAUGGUUGAUCUGCGUCCUAAAUUCCCCGUUGCGGGCGAGAAGAGGGGUGCUUUGAAUCGCACGCAAGUGAGCGCCACGCUAGAUUGGCUAGCUGGCUUCCAUAGCCGCUCACGGAGUCUGCUGCCACCCAAUUUUGAAGAAUAUGUCCUGCCGCCUCUUGAAGAAAGUAGUAGAAGACAGAGUUCAGGCAAGGGUGGUCGCGGACUAUGGCUGAAUGGGGGAUAUACGUAUCUUGCCACGCGACGUAAAGAGUACGCAUCGCUUGCGCAGGAUACGGAUUCGGAGUGGUCUGACGUCCUGUGUGAGGUGUCGGGAGCAUGCUCACUAUCCGUGGCGGAGAUGGUUGCGUUGUUUUUAACGCCCUGUGGAAGGGCGGUUGAAUCAUAUAUCCAUGGCGAUGUCAAGUCGGAGAAUCUCUUUACGACGACUAAUGGAGAGAAGGUGGCGUUCUUUGAUUUCCAGUAUGUCGGGCUCGGUUUGGGAGUUUGUGACCUUGCCAAAUUGUUUACCUGCUCUGUUCCUUUGCAUAUGCUGGUUGAUGGCAAUGGGAGUUUACCUGAGCAGCUGUCAAUGUGUGAUGGUGAGAAGGGACUGUUAGAGCGGUACCGCAAAACCCUGGAUGGGGACUCGCAGCUGUACGAUUGGGAAACGUUUAAACGACAUUGGGAGACAGCUUUGGUUGACUGGUGUAGAUUUCAGGCUUCGUGGGGCUUUUGGGGGAAUACAGAGUGGCUUGAGGCUCGUGUAAGGUCGAUCUUGAAUGAUCAGGAGUGGAGAGACUGGUUGUAUCAAAGUAUUCGCAACCGGUUAUGA